UAGUAUAUUUAGAAGAUUCAGAAGACUUAUCAACACUUUGUUCAGAAUUGUCAUUAGGAGGAUUUAUGUUAGAUUUUGGUCGAUUUUUGUACCUAUUUAUACGUCUUCGAGAUACAAAUUUAGGAUCAGAAUCCUCUUGA